GGCCAACCAGGCAAUUCCUGGGCUUUGCUCAGGAGACACCACGAGCCAAGGCCCGUUCCCGGUGGGUUUGCCAGGGAUUGCUCCGCUCUGAAGGGGAAGGAAGUUUAAUAACAUGGAUUAAGGGAGUUUAGUGACAUGAACGAGGCAGUUCUGGGGCAUUUGGACCAGCAUUUUGAAUGUCAUUAAUUAACUAAUUUAAGCCCAGCACUGAGGCCACCCUUUCCCUGCAGGCACUGCCCAUCCCUCAGGCAACCUGCGGAGGAUGUUGGACAAACAUGUUCCACUUUAAUCCCUUUCAACCCCCUACAUUCGUCUUCCUUCACGCUGCUCCCAGCUCAGGAGGCAGAAAACACUGGCAAUGACCUGAGAUAGCAUGAAAUAAAUGUUGGCUCUGUCUGAUUUCUCAGGAACAGAUAAAUCCCCUUUUUCCUAAAGCAGGUGUGUGGGAAUUCACACUCACACGGAGCCGGCGAGGGGUCAGGGACGUGUGUUUGGAAAACAAGCCCAUCAGGAGCUUCUUGGAGAGCCUGAAGUGUCCUCUCCAAGAGGCAAAGCCUUUCUUGGGUUGAGCACGACCUCGGGAAGGAUGAGCCACGUGAGAGAUGCCUGAGGAUUCUUUGCUUACCCGGAGCUGAAAAGGGGAGGAAGGCACAGGAGGGAACACGAUCCCGCUCUAUAAAUACCUUCAAGAAGGCAUGGCAGAAGCCGUGGGCUCGAGCAGGGACUGCCUGCAGGCCGGCGAGUCGUGCACCACUGACCCCGUGUGCAGCGCCAAAUUCCGGACCCUGCGGCAGUGCAUCGCCGGGAAUGGGGCCAACAAGCUGGGCCCCGACGCCAAGAGCCAGUGCAGGAGCACGGUGACGGCCCUGCUCUCCAGCCAGCUCUAUGGCUGCAAGUGCAAGAGGGGCAUGAAGAAGGAGAAGCACUGCCUGAGUGUCUACUGGAGCAUCCACCACACCCUCAUGGAAGGAAUGAAUGUCCUGGAGAGUUCCCCCUACGAGCCGCUCAGCAGGGGCUUCGAUUACGUCCGCCUGGCCUCCAUCACUGCAGGGUCGGAGAACGAGGUGACGCAGGUGAACCGGUGCCUGGACGCGGCCAAGGCCUGCAACGUGGACGAGCUGUGCCAGCGGCUGCGCACGGAGUACGUGUCCCUGUGCAUCCGGCGCCUGGCCCGCGCCGACUCCUGCAACCGCUCCAAGUGCCACAAGGCCCUGCGCCGCUUCUUCGACCGCGUGCCCCCCGAGUACACCCACGAGCUGCUCUUCUGCCCCUGCGACGACACGGCCUGCGCCGAGCGCCGCCGCCAGACCAUCGUCCCCGCCUGCUCCUACGAGGCCAAGGACAAGCCCAACUGCCUGGCGCCGCUGGAUUCCUGCCGGGAAAACUACGUCUGCAGGUCCCGCUAUGCAGAGUUCCAGUUCAACUGCCAGCCCUCCCUCCAGGCUGCCAGCGGGUGCCGGAGGGAGAGCUAUGCUGCCUGUCUGCUGGCCUACACUGGCAUCAUAGGCAGCCCCAUCACCCCCAACUACAUCGACAACUCCACGUCCAGCAUCGCUCCCUGGUGCACCUGCAACGCCAGCGGGAACCGGCAGGAAGAGUGUGAGACCUUCCUGCGCCUCUUCACCAACAACGUCUGUCUCCAAAACGCCAUCCAGGCCUUUGGCAACGGGACGUACCUGAGCUCGGCCGCGGCCCCCUCCAUCCCCCCCACCACACAGAUGUACAAGCAGGAGCGAAACGCCAACAGGGCCGUGGCCACCCUCCGAGAGAACAUCCUGGAGCACCUCCAGCCCACCAAGGUGGCAGGGGAGGAGCGGCUCCUCCGGGGCUCCACCCGUCUGUCCUCAGGGACCUCCAGCCUGGCAGCCCCUUCCCCCUGGGCAGCCUCUCCGCUCUGGAUGUGGCCUCUCCUCGCUCCUGCCGUGCUGAGCCUCUCCAGGAUGUGAGGCAGGGCAGGAACGCGCCGGGCACAGACUCGAUUUGGUGUUGGUUUCUUUACAAAACAACCGGAGCAGUAACUUUUUCGGGAGGAGGGAGGGGAUGGGAAGGAGAGGUGCGGAUUGGGCAUCCCUCCCUCCUCCUCCUCAUCCCUCUGCCAGUUUAUUUGAUUUUCUACAAUCGGCAUCGUCGACAACCGGCUCAUCCUUGGUCCUGGUCACCUUCCCACCCCACAGCUUGGUUGUUGUCUCUCCAGUUCUCCCUGGAUGGGGUUGGAGCCAUGGACAGUCCCCUUCAAAAAGAGGAAGGAGAGAGUUGAUCCAGGAUGUGGGAGCUGCAAAGGAAAUGCUUUUGCCUGCCCCAUCCAGGAGGGGAAAGACUUUGGAUGGAUGGAGGAGCUGUCAGGAGGUUUUCUGAAGCCCUGACUUGUGCCCGGGGGCUCUUGGCAGGACAAGUCAAACCAUGUGGAGCUCAGACGGUCUCCAGGGAUGCUCAGGACCCAAAGGACAACCCACCUGGUUGCUUCAGACUGAAGAAACCAGAGCAGUGGUGAAAAGGUCGUUGGGUUCGUUCUCCGGAGAGGAACCUGAAGCACCUCUGGGGCGGAGCAAGUCACCACACUCCGAACUGGCUGGCAGGGAUUCUCCACCCUCUGGAAAAGCAGAGUACAACCAGCAUGUAUCUCCCAGCUGCCACCCACCCCUCGGGCCCUCCUUUUUGGGGAAACCUGUGUCAUAUGUUGCUGGUGUUCAGGAAGAAACACGUGUGUUGCGUUUUGUUCCCGGCUGGUUUUCGUGUCCCGACCCGAGAAUCCCAAUCCUCUGGUCCUGUCAAGUGUUUGGGGUGGGGUUUUUUUUUCUGUCACAUCCAAACAACCAGAGGCCAGUGUUGUCCCACUCCAAGCUGAGCUUUCUCCAUCAGGGAUCACUGUGUGAGCCCAACACAACCCACUCUCACGUGCUGCCUGUGCAUCCAUCAAUCUCAGUCUUCAGCCAGGGGAUUUCAUUGGUUUUCCUGGGAAGAGACAGAUAGGAAAGGUUUCUAGAUACCACCCUGAGGACAGAAAUAUCCAGGAAAGGCCAUGUCAUGGAUCAUGCUGUGGGUAGGGAGUGCAUUGCUGUGGUUCCCCCUCCUUGGAGAACUCUCCUCACUUGUGUCCAGGUGAGCAGGGGAAGGGCUUUUCCUCCUGCCAGGUCCUGUUUCUUCAGCCAAGAGGUCACCUGAACAAAGGGAAGUGACCCUUUGGACUGAGCUGCAGCCAGAGCUGGAGGGAGGUGGGGGCAAAUGUCUCUGGGGUGUCUUGGGUGGCUCUGGUGUGACCUUGAACUACCUGAGCAUUCCAAGGUCUUCCCUUGAGCUGAGGAGUCCCAGUGCCUUCCUGGAGGGCUGAGCCCCUUCCUACAUCAAGCCAGGAAAGAGGAUGUAAGGAAGGGUGAGAUGGCUUCCCAGGAUAAAUGUUGAUCCAGGCUGGCUGCCAUGGGAGGCACAGGAAUAACCUCAGAUUCUCCAGGAAUAUUUAGGCCUGGGAUUUGCAGCAGCCCCUUUCUCCCUUGGAUUGUGCUCCUCCAAGGAGCACCGUUAGUUCCUUAGCAUUUGGAUCCGUGGAAAGGCUUAGCAGCAGCUGACACAGAAGAAUCCAGUGCUUUUUAUUCCCAUUCCCUGCAGAACAUCUCCCAUUGUUUCCUGCUGCAGAUUUUGCUGGGGAACUGCAGCAGCUUCCUUGGGUUUUGGUCCAACGUGGAACCUCUCUCGUUUGGAGCUGAACACCUGUGGGUGUGACAGACACGGACAGAAAUCCUCCUGGUGCAUCCUUGUCCAAAGUUCCUGGCUUUCCUAAUCCAGGGCUGUGUAGAGGAACAUACCAAGAUCCAAGGCCUGUGUGCAGGGUGGGAACAUUCCAAGAUCCAAGGCCUGUGUCCAGGGUGCCAAGUCCCACCCUGAGCUGAGACUUCCAGGUGAGAACUUCACGGCCAAGAGGCUCACCCAGGUCAGGGAAGCAGGCAGAGAGGGAGAGCUCCAGGGAAGUCCUUUCCGAGUGCCAUAUCCAUGCACGGAGUUGAUGAAUGAUCCGUGAACGUCUCCCCUUCAUCCAGGACUUCAGUGUCCUCUGGGAGAGCAAGUGACACGACCCCAACCCUGCAAAACUCGUCUCCUCUGAGGUGGGAGGGGGAUGAAACUCUGAUGCUCAACCCUUCAAAGGCAAGGAACUACCUCAGCUCCAUGAGGUCACGCUGGGAAUUGCCUUCCUGUGCCCCUUUCCUUCCCAGUCCUGCAGUCAUUCCCUGCUUUUCCACACAUCCAGCCUGUCCCCACCAGCCUUUAAAGGCGCACAGGCUGAGUCUCUGCAGGCUGGGGACACAAGUGCCAGCUGCUCUCCAGGACCACCUACUCCUGGGGCUCUCGUGGCUCCACUCCUGGGGCUCUCACAGCUCAGUUCCAGUGAUGCUGAAGUGCCACUUUGCCAUUUCCUUCUCAUCCAGUGGAGGAAGAGUUUUUCUGGCUGGUUGGGAUGAUUGGAAAGCCCACCUGACCUCUCCUCUCAGGCUGGUGCUGUGGAAAACAGGUGUGGAGAAUCCAGAGGUCACCUAGUGCAGGACCCUGUCCCACAGCAGCAGCACCAGUGGUCUGUUUGCACUUUUUGGAAGGUUCAUCUUAAAUGAUUUUUAACUAUUUCAGUCAGAGGUGUCAUCAUUUCCCCUGGAUUUAUAUCAUAGAAUCAUGGAAUGGGUUGGCAGGAACCUUAAAGAUCACUCAAUCCAACCCCCUGCCAUGGGCAGGGACACCUUCCCCUAUCCCAGGUUGUUCCAAACCUGGCCUUGGACACUUCCAGGGAUAUCUUGCUUUUAAGACUCCUUAUGAUUUGUUGUCUCUAAGCAUCACAGCUGAAUGAGACCCUCAAUUCCCAUCUCCU